CAAGCGGAGGAAGUCACAGCCCAGCCCCCCUGAGGCCCAGCCCCCCGAGACCUAGCCGCUGAGUCCACCGCGGUAGCAGCACCCCCAUGCCGAUGACACUGGGGUACUGGGACAUCCGCGGGGUGAGCGCGGGUCCACCUUGGCGGUAGCAGGGGUCCGAGGGGCAGAGGAGUGCGGAACAGCCGGGGCACGGGUUCUAGAGCUGGUUUCUCUUCAGGGCGAGCUGGAAGCCACUGCUUGUCCCUCUCAGGAGGGCCUGUGCGUGCCUGGGUGUGCAUGUGUGUAUGGCGGGAAGUGCAGUAGGUGUAGACUGGGGGGCUCACCUGGAGCUGAUAAAAUCACGCCUCUCUGCACUGUGCCCUGGUCUCUCCCAGUUGGCCCACGCCAUCCGCCUGCUCCUGGAAUACACAGACUCAAGCUAUGAGGAAAAGAAGUACACCAUGGGGGAUGCUCCUGACUAUGACAGAAGCCAGUGGCUGAAUGAAAAAUUCAAGCUAGGCCUGGACUUUCCCAAUCUGCCCUACUUAAUCGACGGGGCUCACAAGCUCACCCAGAGCAAUGCCAUCCUGCGCUACAUUGCCCGCAAACACAACAUGUGUGGGGAGACAGAAGAGGAGAAGAUUCGAGUGGACAUUUUGGAGAACCAGGCCAUGGAUGUCUCUAAUCAGCUGGCCAGAGUUUGCUACAGCCCUGAUUUUGAGAAACUGAAGCCAGAGUACCUGGAGGGCCUCCCUGACAUGAUGAGGCUCUUCUCACAGUUCCUGGGGAAGCGGCCAUGGUUUGCAGGGGACAAGAUCACCUUUGUGGAUUUUCUCGCUUACGAUAUCCUUGACCUGCACCGUAUAUUUGAGCCAAAGUGCUUAGACGCAUUCCCAAACCUGAAGGACUUCGUGUCCCGAUUUGAGGGUUUAAAGAAGAUCUCUGUCUACAUGAAGUCCAGCCAUUUCCUCCCAACGCCUCUGUACACAAAGGUGGCCAUCUGGGGCAACAAAUAGAGCCUGGUAAGGCUAGAAGAUGGGAGUGAGGACAUUACCGAACCUGCUGCCUGAGGCCCUGGAGGACAGCUAGACACUCUGCACCCCUGGAGCUACCUUCUUGGUUCUUUCUCCUUCUUUUCAUUCCCAUCUCAUCCCCAAGGCCUUAGUGACCCUCUUUACUUCCCCCAAGUUCCUAUCCUGUCAGGCCUGUUGAAACCUCAGGCUCCCUAGUCCUUCAGCAAAAAAAAAAAAAAAAUGUUCUCAAUGUUCCCUUUUCUGCACUAAGGCCAACCUGACCUUCCGACCUGUGAGUGUUCGUGUCUGCUUUGAGAGGCCUAACUUGAUCCCCUCUCCUGUGGAAGUCAGCCCCAAGGUGUCCCAGCACUGCAUGAAAAACCAGUAUUGGCUGGUGGGCAGGCUGUGCCCACCCAGUGUAGUGCCAGUCCUAGGACUACCAGAUCCCUAGUAAAUCCUAAACCACA